CACGUGAUGCGGGCGAGGGGAUUGGAGCUGCGGCAGAGCGCGGCGACAGAGAGGAGCAGCGCUGGGCGCUCGUGGCGGGUCCUCCUCCUCCGCCGCCUUCAGGCUUCUUGUCUCUGCUGCUCGCCGCUGCUCGCCGUCCGCAUCCCCAGUCCCGGCGCCUGGAGGAGGAGGAGACGCCGCUGCCAGCAGGGUCCCCGCCGCAGUCGCCCACCGUCCCUCGGAGCCUCUCUUCUCUGCUCGCACCUCUCCGCGCCAAGAUGGGGCUGCUGGACUCAGAGCCCGGCGGCGUCCUGAACGCGAUGUCCACCGCAUUCAACGACACCGUGGAGUUCUAUCGCUGGACCUGGUCCAUCGCAGAUAAACGCGUAGAAGACUGGCCGCUCAUGCAGUCUCCAUGGCCAACGCUAAGCAUAAGCACCCUCUAUCUUCUAUUCGUGUGGCUGGGUCCAAAGUGGAUGAAAGACCGAGAGCCCUUCCAAAUGCGCUUAGUGCUCAUAAUCUAUAAUUUUGGCAUGGUUUUGCUUAACCUCUUCAUCUUCAGAGAGCUAUUCAUGGGAUCAUACAACGCAGGAUACAGCUAUAUUUGCCAGUCAGUGGAUUAUUCUAAUAAUGUUAACGAAGUCAGGAUAGCUGCUGCCCUGUGGUGGUACUUUGUGUCGAAAGGCGUUGAAUAUUUGGACACAGUGUUUUUUAUCCUGAGGAAGAAAAACAACCAGGUGUCUUUCCUUCACGUGUACCAUCACUGUACCAUGUUCACACUGUGGUGGAUUGGAAUCAAGUGGGUGGCUGGAGGCCAAGCAUUUUUCGGGGCCCAGAUGAAUUCUUUCAUCCACGUGAUCAUGUACUCCUACUAUGGGCUGACGGCCUUCGGCCCCUGGAUCCAGAAAUAUCUUUGGUGGAAGAGAUACCUGACCAUGUUGCAGCUGGUUCAGUUCCACGUGACCAUCGGGCACACGGCGCUGUCUCUCUACACCGACUGCCCCUUCCCCAAGUGGAUGCACUGGGCUCUGAUCGCCUACGCCAUCAGCUUCAUCUUCCUCUUCCUCAACUUCUACACUCGGACAUACAAUGAGCCCAAGCAGGCAAAAACCGGAAAGACCUCCACGAAUGGUAUCUCAGCGAACGGCGUGAAUAAAUCAGAGAAAGUGUUAGAAAAUGGGAAACCCCAGAAAAACGGGAAGCCAAAAGGAGAGUAAAUUGACUGGGCCUUAACUGGUAGACAGUGAGGAAACUCCUGUGUCAUUUAAAAGUUCAGGGGCAACAGAAGCGGAGGGUCUGGGGUGGGGAGAAAGGCAGAUAGAGUCUAUGCCCCUCAGACUGAGUAAACCUUUCAAUAUAUGGUACCCAGAUGUUUUAUUUAUGAAGUUUUUAUUUUAAACGUUUUUUUUUUUUUAUUAGCCUUCAUGUUGUCCAGACCAAAGCAAUCCCAAUGUGACCUUGGAGCCUCUCCUCCUGUUCACAUCCACCUGUGCAAUAGGUGGAAAUUUCGCCUAUCUUCCAUUUACUCUUUCCUCAGUCUGAAUUUUAGAUGAUCACAGAAACACAAUUUUAUGAAAAAAAAAAUUUUUUUUUUUCUAAAUCACUAGUUUCCUACUGGUUGCAAAUCAUCUGACAUUUUCUUGUUCAGAGACAGAACAAGAACAUACAUUUGAAUUUGGAUCUACUUACUGACCCUUGUGGUCAAACCUUUCCACUUCUAGUCAGAAUAUUCCCUUUUGGCCAUAAUUAAAUUUGAAAGCUCUGCGAAAUCUUUGUAGAAUCUUAGAGGCUUGAUGAUGAUGAUGAUGAUGAUGGUGUUGGUGAAGAUAAGAAAGAAUAACAGUAAAAUCCUGUCUUGUGACCCAAAGGCCACCAUGACUUAUGGCACAAAUCACUGUGGGAAACAAUAUAUCUAUAUAUAUUUUUUUGUAAUGAGGAAGGUAGCCUUUGAAUACUCCUAUUAUUAGCAGAAUUGUAUUAUGAGAAUUAAGAUUAUUGUACGAUUGAAACAUGAAAGAACUCAUGUCUUUGUUAGUAACAUCUAAGAUAGUCACAUUUACAUGCACUUAGAACUCUGAGGGUGGAUUGAUUUUUAUCAGGGCUUUCUUUGUUUUGAUUUGUGGCUGUUGCUGAUUUUUUUUCAUACGUGGAAAUAUACCUACCUCUUCUGUCGGAAAGAACAUUUAAAAUGAAAUAAAUUUUACUUAAAAAAAAUCAAGGAGUCCUCUAAUGUAAAUUUUAAUUUUAACUUUCCAAUUUACUUUUUAUUUUAUUUUAUUUACAAAUAGCUCAACCAAACAUUUCUGUGAUGUUAUCCAUCUCUUUCAAUGUGUCUAACUCUGAGUAAUGCUUACUUCCCCUUGUGACUACGUUGCAAAAAAUCUUCCUUAUCAACUAGAAAAGAAGUGUAAAUGCAUUUUGGUGCAAUAUCUUGACUCCUUGGUGCUAAUGAUUGCAAAAUUCAAUGCUUGCCGCUACAAGGUGUUACUUAGUAAUACACGAUGAGAAAAAUUGAGACCAAGUCGUAUCUCUCAAGUCCAAUGUGGUGUUUACAAAGGAUGUAUCUCAUGUAAUUGAAACGGGUGACUGGAAGACUGCAGAAGAGACGUUGUUCCACAUUUUUUUUUUUUUUUACACAGAUAAAUUUGUUAGGGAACGUCACAGAGGGAUCAUAUGGAAAGAGAAAAUGUGACAAAAAUUAGCAUGAAUAUUUCUAAAUCUUUCAACUUGUCAAAUCUGCAUGUGUAGGAUGUCUGCUGUUUGUACAGACUUUCAGAACAUUUUGUAAAUUAUAAAGUAUUUAUUGUGCAUUGAGAUUCCAUUUUCCCCCAAGGGCAUGCAGUCACGAACAUUACAAAAACGAGCAGCACAUGCAAUCGUGCUGUCUAAGAGGAUCAACACUUUGUUUUUUGCCAGUGUGUAAUGACUAGAGAUGUGUAAAUCUUUGCGAACAUUCUGUACUGGCUUCCCAGACGCCUUCACUCCCUGCUAUUCAAUUUCAGCACAAUAAAUACACUACUGCUGUGGGAAAA